UGACUGGUACUCUAAAACCUUUCCCUCUUUAUAAUACUCAGAUCUAAUUAAAAUUUAAAACCCUUCAAUUGAGAUUUGUGGAUGGGGAUAUUUAGAAGUGGGUUCUCGUUCAUUGUAGGUACAGUGUGUGGAAUUUAUGUUGCUCAAAACUACAACGUUCCCAACAUUAGGAAGCUGACCAAUACUGGUCUCGUAAUCGCUAAACACAUUGAAGAAACUUAUAGGAAGCCAAAGAAACGAGAUGAAGAUGAUUGAUUUUGGGAUUUAAUGCUCUUUUUUAUUCAAGAUUGUUCUUUCAUUGCUGUUUUUUAGGGUUUUGUGGGCUCUUUUAUAGGAUCAAAUUUAGGGGAUAUAAUUGUAAUUUUUGUCUUUGGGCUUCAAAUUGUUAAUUGAUAGUUGGAAUUGAAGAUAGUUAAUAAAAUAUUUGCCUUUUUUUGUUUCA